AUGCAAUGCAGUAUAAUUUCAUCUGAUACAAUAUACUUUCGACAGGCGAGGUCUAUACUAGAGUUGGCAAAAAGGGACUUUGAGAAUCUGAGGCAAGAAGGUGAAGAUGGAGAAUUACAACCAAAAGUGGUGAAAAGAGGAAGGCCACCUGGCAAGCAUGUGAAGAAGACACCUGGCAGACCGCCAUUGGACCGUGUUGGUCCUGAGUCAACCUCAGGUGCCACCCUGGCAACCCCUGAAGACAAUACAAACGAGUCUACUCCUUACAAUUUACGAAAAGCGCCACCUAUGCUUUAUAGGUAUCAACCUGAUGGUUUAUUUGGUUCAAAUCGUUCUCGCAAUGGUGAACAUUUCUCAGAAUUGUUGUCAGAUUGGAAUGAAGAGUUUCCAGAGCGUAUUCGGAAAGCAGACAUGAAAUAUGGGAAUAAACAUUUCAUUAUUGACGAAACUAGACGUGAAACCUACAAGCAAUAUCACCCUUCAGCUUAUGGUUAUGAGUCAUCUCUUUUAUCCAACUUUGGUGGGGAAAAGAAGCAGCUAUUAGCAGUAGGUUUACAUGCUGAGCAUGGUUAUGCUAGAAGCCUAGCUCGAUUUGCUGCAAACCUGGGCCCCGUUGUCUGGAAAAUCGCAUCAAAGAAAAUUGAAAAAGCUUUGCCACCUGGCACUAAGUUUGCUCCUGGAGUCGUUGGUGAAAACGAUGCUGCCCCUCCACCUUCAUUAUUCACCCCGCCCGUAAACCCGAUACAGCUGCCCGCUUUGCUGACCGAGAAUACCCCAAACCGACCUCAAAUCCCAUUAAACGAACCGAAAGUAGAGCCAAUUGAUCCCGACCCGAAAACAGGAUCCGGUAGAAACGGUUUUAAUUUCGGAAGUAAUCUGCCCGGGAAUUCAUCCGGGCAGGUGACCGAAUGUGAGAAAGUAGGUGAAGGCGGUGGUGGGUCCGGGAAAUCAACUUCUUGGCAACAGAGUGAUGAUGGGAAAGGAGAGGAUAUGUGACGAAGACUGACGGAUUGGAAAUGUACCACUCUUAAAGCACAAAGUACAAGGGGGUGAAGAGGUGAGGUGGAAGAGGAGGUAAUUUUAUAGGGUAGGAAUGAUUCUGUACAGAUUAAAAUAUAACUGUCUUCUGAUAUCUUUGUAACAUUGAACUGGUAAUUAAUGAGAUUAUGAUGAUAAAAAAAACUGGAUUAGAAAUAAGUUAAAAAAAAAAAGAGGGAGUAUUUUGGGUUUUUGAUUUUUUGGAUUUGUAAAUUUAUUAAUAUUUGGAGAAAAGUUAUAUCUUAUUUAGUUAUUUGGUAGG